CUAGCCACUCUUGCUCCUGACUACGACCAUCCCAUACUUCUCCUGCUCAGGCUGCUCUUGUGCAAGCACAGUUUUGAGAACAUCUUGCUGACACGGACCCACUUCUUUCGUUGAAAAGCGACGUCGAAGACGAUCUCAUCGCCUUGCUGUGGCACGACGUCUCUUCCUUCGCGCAUCAUUGCUUCCUGCGAACAUGACAUCGACCUGAACGAUUUGACACGACCUCGCAAUUCCACAAGCGAUUCUGACGACCCUCACUACCAGGAGCUGCGCUCCCUGAACAUCGCUAUCCGCAUUUUGACAUGACUGUUCCCUCGCGGACGAGCUCGCCAAUGCCUGAAGGGCGUUACGAACCUCCUUCGUUGUCGCCAAGCCCUUCGCGCCAUUCUUCCUCUCAGAAUGUCACUGAGAGGACAGAGUCCCCUCAAGCCUGCGAGCCGCCGAUCCUUGGCCGAAAAUCUGUCAUCUUGAUCUUCAUUGGCCUCAUAUUGGCCAUCUUCGUGUCUGCUUUGGACGAGACAAUAGUGGCUACUGCGGCAGUCAACAUUACGUCUGACUUCAACUCGUACGAACUGUAUUCUUGGGUACCUGUCGCGUACCUCGUCACAAUCAAUGCAGUACAGCCGAUAUACGGCAAGCUGUCCGACAUCUUUGGUCGCCGACUCGUCCUCCUUUUUGGCCUAUCAAUCUUCCUCAUUGGCAGUAUAGGAUGCGGCUGGGCUCCGAGCAUGAUUUUCUUCAUCGCAGCUCGCGCCGUCUCCGGUAUAGGCGCCGGAGGCCUCAUCAAUAUGGCGUACAUCGUUGUCGCCGACCUCUUCUCUCUAGAGGAAGGGCCCAAGUAUCGCGGACUUCUUUCCCUAGGCUUCGCCUUUUCCAACGUCCUGGGCCCCAUAUUGGGCGGAGUCUUUUCCAGCCAGACGACCUGGCGAUGGUGCUUCUGGAUUAACAUACCCUUGGUCAGCAUAACCAUCCUCGCCAUCGGCGUCUUCCUCCGCCUCCCUCGCCGAGCCCACGCCGGAUAUCGCACCGAGAUGAAGUGCCUCGACGUUCUCGGCGCGCUCUUCAUGGUCGCGAGCAUAGCGUGCUUCGUGCUUCCCGUGAGUCUCGCGGGAAGCUACUGGGCCUGGAACGCUCCAGUCACGAUCGCCCUGUUCGUCGUGUCCGCGAUCAGCCUCGCGCUGUACUUUGUGGGCGAGUUCUACGUUGCGAAGGAGCCUAUCAUCCCGUUACGCCUCAUGAAGAAUGGGGGGCUUGUCGCGACCUGGAUGACACUGUUCUUCUACGGCAUGACCUUCAUCACGUAUCUGUAUUAUAUUCCAAUGUGGUCCCAGGUCGUCGACCACAGAACCGCCGUCAUCGCCGGCGUCCUACUAAUCCCACUGCUGGGCACAUUCACGUCUGCCAGUCUUAUUUUCGGACCAGCGAUGAAGGUCGCAAGCCGCUUUCGCUGGCGGCCAACACGUACGAUGCUCUUGAUCGGCGUGCUCGUCCACCUCCUCGGAGCCUUCCUCAUCGGCUUCGUCUUUGCGCCCGGACGCCACGUCGCCGCAGAGAUCAUUGUCCUCAUGGUGUACGGCGCCGGCUGCGGCUUCACGAUCCAAUCGUCGUUUCUCGACGCGCAGGCGUGUGUGCGUCCGGAUGACAUCGCCAUGUCGAGCUCCGUCGCCGUGCUGUUCCAAAACAUUGGCAGCACUGCGGGGCUCGCAGCUGCCGGUGCUAUAAACCGUGCACAUCUGUCGCGGGCCUUCGCAGGCAUAUCGGAGGACAUCAUUUCUCAGGACACGCUCUCCCGUAUCCUCAGCAACGCUGACCUCGUCAACGAACCCGGCCUCCUCAGCGACACAGCGCGCGAGUUAGUGCGCACUAAGUUCUCCGACAGUAUCCAGCUGGUCUUGCGCGUGGCCAUCGCAUUUGCGGGCAUGGCUGGGCUUGUGGCGCUGUUACCGCGACAGCCGUAUACAGCGCGCGCGGGUGAUGAGCGCACCAGCGCGAAUGAACAACGCACUAGCCGAACUACCGAGAAAGAGGCACGAGAGGUGGAAGAGGGGAAGAACGCGGACAAUGGGCAUCGCCACGUCCCAGAUCGGGAGGUUUAAAGGCACGGACUGGUGGGAUCGAACGCUGACUUUGACACACUGUAUAUAUACCACACGACUACUCAUCACACAUACAGAAUUUCAUGAAGCAAUCAACACGACCAUAGUGCGA